AUGGGAAUCUUCAAAAGAUCUGAGAAGUAAUCUUGGACACUUAGAAUCAGAACUUUUAUUUCUUAAUACACUUACUGGCAUCAAUAUAAGAAAGUAUUCCAAGAAGACAGAGAACCUAAUGAGCACUGAGAUGACAGAAAAAGGUAUACAGAGACAUAAAUUAUCAGGAAAUUGCCAAAUGAUUACAUUUCAAGUUGAAUUUCAGAUUCUGGAAGUCCAGACUAAGGAGAAUUUAUCUACUGUGAUUACUGACCUCAACAUAAUAAUGGAGUCCACCACAUAUCCAGAAUUAAGUGAAUUUGUGUCUAGAGCAGAAGAAAGAAGAGCUCUGUUUAUGUUUUUCCGAAGCCUACACUGCUUUGUGGAAUGGUGUGAAUAUCAGAAGCGCACGUUUAAACAUUUCAAGAGAGUUAACUUGUAUCUCUUGGCAAUGAACUUGGAGUUCAUUCUUUGGAAGAUUCUUUCAAGCUUGUGCAAACGAAUAAGGCCCAGCCUAAAAAUGAUAUAAAAUUCAUCAACUCUUAAGCAGAUGGUGUGGUACAGUUUGCUGAAAACACAACCAAGAACAAUAGCAGUUCCACCCAGCUUUGCCUUCACACUCUGCAGUUGCAACAAUGAUAAUCUUGAGUGGGUCCCUAUACACAUUCUCCAGGAAAUUCCGUUAAUAUCUCUAUCAUACAGA